AUGUUGCCCACAGUACCCCAUGCUCGGGACAACCAGUCACAGUGCAUCGGGGAUGAAAAAAACUACGUGGUAAGCGAGGAUAGACAAACCCACGGUCACAAGUUGCGUAAAAAUGCUCUCUUGGCAGUACGCGGCCAGUGGUUCCUGGUUCAAGACUUGGUUUCGAUUUGUAGCGAGUGCUCUGUGCGCCUUCCCACCGGGCGAGGGUUUCCGCGGUGCUGCAAGGGCAGGCAUAUCAUACCGUCUCCGCAGGUACCUGACCUCAAAUAUGGUUACAAUUCGAGUGGGCCUACCUUAUUUGCCAGCAAGGUACUGUUCUGUACGAGCAAGAGAAGGUACCAUGAGUCUUUCAGGGUCAUGUCAUACGAGAUGUGCGAGGAGUGGUCCAUCAUGAUAUUGAAGAAGCUGCCGAGCUCCUGCAGUCUGAUGCAUCAGAGACCAUGAGUGACGUGACCAUCGAAACUUGCAAUGCUAACCGGGUUUUACACUAUUUCUAGAAUUAUCUGAU